AAUGUUAUACCGUUUAUACCGUAGCUAUUUUUUACCCGCUUGAAAUAGCAUGGCGAUUCAAGACACUACUUACUAGUCUAUAACCUAUCUUUAAGACACGAAAAGAACUGCUUUAUUUUUUUUUAGUAGGACGUAUUCCCCACUAAUAAAAAAACUAUAGAAACUGAAUGUUAAAUCGAAACCCACUCAGAGAGUGGUGACAGUAAUGACUAUAAUGUUCAAAUUCUUCAGAGAAGCAAGAAUACCAAUGUUUUGGAAUGAAGAACCAGCAUAUUGGCACCAUAUUGCUACCACAUGGUCGAGUAGUACAGGCCACUGGAAGAUAUAUCUGGAUGGUUCCUUGGUCUCUAUCAUGCAUGAUGUGGCUUCCAAAAUUACUACUCCUGCAGGAGGACAACUUUCCUUGCAAUUCAGUGGAUACAUGCACAAUAUCUCUCAAAGUAGACUCAAUAUUUGGAACUAUGAAAUUGAUGGACAUGCUUUAUCGUUAAUGGCAAAUAAAGGACCAUUGUUUGAAAACGGUAAUAUCUUCGCGUGGUAUGGAAUAAAGUCAAAGGUUAAAGAAGACGCUUACUUUAAAGAGACACCGGAUGAUUUACACAACUCUCGAACAGAGUCGGUGUAUCAAAUGAGUUUUCCUGAAGCUUCAGACAAAAACUAUGUCAAAAUAGACAAGGUCGUUAACUACAAUUUAACGGAAGUUUCCUCCUGUUUUUGGGCGAAAUUUUUGAAAACCAAUUGUGCCAUAUUUGCCUACUCAAGUCUGAAGUAUGAAGCUGAAAUUCAAGCUUAUUUGUAUGAUUCCUUGGUAUUGGACCUUGCAGUUAAGAACAUUUAUGCAGAUAACGGACCUAAGAUCUAUGCCUAUGACUCGUGGCAUUUUUAUUGCCUCCAGUGGAGAAGCUUUGAUGGUUUAAUCGAGGUUUAUCAAGAUGGGAAGAAGAUAGGAACAAAAUACAAAGAAAAAAAUCACGCUAUACAUUCCAACGGCGUCGUUGUACUUGGUCAGGAAUUGGAUUCAUAUGGCGGAGGUUUUAAUGGGGAUCAAGCGUUUAAAGGGAGCCUUGCAGGGUUGAAUCUCUGGAGUCAAUUCUUGACCACCAAUGUUAUUCAGGGAAUGGCUUCCGGAAUCUUGAAUGUUAACGGAAAUCUUCUUCAAUGGAGAGAUUUCAGAGAUCAUGUGUUUGGUGAUAUAGUUAUACAGAAUAGAUCUGAGGCAGAAAUUCCAGAAUAUCGAAUACAGAAUCAGCGAAAAAAAUGGUGUGAAAAAAACAUCUCUGAAGCGUUUACUCAUGCAAGAUUUAUUCGUGGCCGGGACACGGAUGGCUACAAGUGGAGAUGUGUCGAGGCGGCAGCCAUGUUGGAUGAGAAUAUGUGUUACGAUAUCCUUAAGAAUUCAUCUUUGUACUAUACCAAGGACACGAAGAAAGAACUUUUGGGAAUUUAUUAAAAACAUUUCACUCCUGUCACAUCGUUAUUAUUGCAUCGUUAAACUAAAAUAGAAAACAUAGGUUAAAUAUUUGAGUAAGAAACAUGCAACUUACAACAUCAGUUAAGCCACUAGUCUGAGGUACUAUAACAUAUAGCUAGUAACGUAGUAUUUUAGUUAUACGUCAAUACACAUUGUUGACACUAGAAAUAAUUGUUUGAUUUUAUUGCGUUCGCUAUAAACCAUGACGCAAAGAAUUAAUUUACUUUUCAGGUUCAGUUACACUGUUACUGUACCUUAAUCGCUGUAGAAAUAUGUCGCGUAUAGUGUAAUAAAUACGCGUAGAGUAAUAAAUACGCGUAGACGUAGUGUAAUAAAUACGCGUAGUGUAAUAAAUAGCACAGCGUUUUUAAAAUCAGCAUGUAUGCACGUAAACAGUAAACAGUAAGCAGUACAUUCUGUAAACCGUAAUUCUGUAGACACACUUUAUUAAUUUUACAGUCAUGAUGCAUGAAUGAAAAUGCUUAUAAAUCAUAUAUGUCAAACAUUUAUAUAUACACUUGCAUGUGGGCCCAACAGGGUGCUUAGGAAUUCAAACUCUAACUAUUGCAUGUUUAUUGGGUGAUUUCAAUAUAGUUUAGUAUUUUGAGACACCAUGUAGUAUCAUUCUAGCAUUGUGUUUAAAAAUAUUCUAAUCGGGCAAUGUCUUUAAACAUACUUCAUCGAUAAAUGAAC